CAAAUUUUCGCAAUUAUUGAAAACCUAAUUUCCUAAAAACCCUCGCUCCCAAACCCCCAACUCUCAGCCGUACUCUUCUUCCCUCAAUGCAAAACUGAAAUUCAAUCCAAAACCAUAGUCUCUUCAAAUUAGGGUUCCUUAUCGGAUACAUUUAUCCGAUUUUUUUCUCGACGAAGUGACUCUCGCUUUCGGACUGCUGAUCCUCUCUUGAUUGCUGGAUUGGAGAUGGUUUCCGGUGCAAAAAUCGACGGCGGGGCGCAAGUCUUAUCGGCGGGAGUGCGGAGAACUAUCCAAUCGAUUAAAGAGAUUGUGGGCAACCAUUCUGAUGCUGAUAUUUACGUGGUGCUUAAAGAGACCAACAUGGAUCCUAACGAAACCACCCAGAAACUGCUCAAUCAAGAUCCAUUCCAUGAGGUGAAGAGAAGAAAAGAUAGGAAGAAAGAGACCCCGAAUCCAGUGCAAAAUAGUUACACUGCAGUGGAGCCCAAGAAAAACAAUGAUGUUGCACGUAUGCCUGCCAAGUAUAAUACUUAUCCUGACCGUAGUUCUCGAAGAGGGGGAACCUCUCGAAAUACUGCAUCUGGGGGCACUCGAGAGUUUCGUGUUGUUCGUGACAAUAGAGUCAAUCAUACUAGCGUCGCAGAUUCAAAGCCUGGCAUAAAUUCAUCUUCAAGAAGUCCAGGGGUGAUCUCUAGUGGGUCAUUGAAGAGUUCUCCCAGCGGUUCUGGACAUCAAGAACCUGCUGUAUUUCAGCAUUCAUCUCAGUCUGUCAAGACCGCUGAUUCACAAACAAGGCAAACUAAGGAUGCUUCUUCAGUUGGUAAUGACAGGAAAGAAAUGGCUGGUGAUAAGCGCUUUCCAAUUCCGAGUGCUACUUCACAUGUGCAAACAAAGGCAAAUGCUUCCCAGCAACAAUCUACAAAUUUGUCCAGUAGCUCCGUUGUGGGUGUUUAUUCUUCCUCCUCUGAUCCUGUUCACGUACCAUCACUUCAUUCUAGACCUGCUGCUAAUGUUGGGGCCAUCAGACGGGAGGUUGGAGUAGUGGGACCUCGUCGCCAGUCAUCUGAAAAUUCUCCUAAACCAUCAUCUUCUCAAGGCACAUCUUUGCCAAAUGCGCAAUCCAGACAAGAUGGCCAAUCGCAAGAGUCUGUGCAGUCAUUUAAUGCUAAAUCAAAGAAUGGCCACUCAAACCAAAAUGUGGCAUCUGACUCUGCUGUAGCUGGUCCACCUGCUGGGAGAUCAUUUUCCAGUAAUUCCUAUGGUAGCCGUUCUCAUCAACUCAUUGGACACCAAAAAGGCAAGAUAGCUCAUCUGCCCAACAAGGAAUGGAAGCCAAAAGCAAGUGUAAAACCAAGUGCAAAGACAGUCUCUCCUCCCGCAGACAAUCCAGAACACACGAAAAAAGAAGCAGCUGUCUUGCAAGAUAACAUUUCGCAAUUGAAUCUUUCUGAAAGUCAAAAUGUGAUUAUAGCUGCGCAUAUCCGUGUCUCUGAGGCAGACAGACGUCGUCUGACCUUUGGCAGCAUAGGCGAUGGGUUUGAAAUGUCUGCUAAUUCAGUUGGCAUGGCUGCUAAUGCCGUAGAAGAAUUAUCUGCCAAUCCCUCUGGAAGUGUUUCAGUCUCUGCCACUGAAACCUCAGGAGAUGAACCUGUUACUACCAAAUCGUUAGAGAUGAUGGAUGGCUCUGUGCGAAGUUCAGAAUCCAAUUCGCCUCCUUCAGGUGAUCUGUCUGAUCGGACUGAGAAGAAAGACUCUUCAAGUCCACAGAACUUUCAUGACUAUGCUGAUGUUGGCUUGAUGCGUGGCAACAGCCCAUCUUAUACUCCCGAAUCACUACAGCAGCAUGAUACAACUGAACUGCCAAGCUUCUCGGGUUAUGAUCCCCAAAUGGCUUGUGAUAUUUCCUACUUCCGCCCGGUUGUUGAUGAAAAUGUUAGAGGGCCAAGCCUUACAUCAUCUCAAGAGGUCCUUGGUUCACAUGCAACAAAUGUUGUUCCAGCUUCCACAAUUGCAAUGGUUCAGCAGCACCAACAACAGCAACAGCUGCAGCUACAGCAGCAACAACAGCAGCAGUUCGGCCAGAUGUAUCCCCAACUUCACGUCUCCCAUUUUGCUAACAUGAUGCCGUAUCGUCAAUUCUUGCCUCCUGUCUAUGUUCCGCCAAUGCCUGGUUACUCCAAUAGUCCCACAUAUCCUCAUCCUUCAAAUGGCAGCAGCUACUUGCUGAUGCCCGGGAAUAGCUCCCAUGGGACUCCAAGUGGUGUCAAGUAUGGUAUCCAACAGUUCAAGCCUGUGCCUACUGGUACUCCAACUGUUUUUGGAAACUUCACCAGUCCUGCUGGUUAUGCCAUUAAUGCUCCUGGGGUGGUUGCCAGCACCGCAGGCCAUGAUGAUUCAUCUCGUAUAAAGUAUAAAGAUAAUCUUUAUGUUCCAAACCCUCAGGCGGAGACCUCUGAAAUUUGGAUGAACGCAAGGGAUGCUUCUGGUAUGCAGUCGUCAUAUUACAACAUACCCGCGCAAUCGCCUCAUCCUGCUGCAUAUUUGACUUCACACAGCGGUCACGCCUCUUUCAAUGCUGCUGCGGCUGCUGCACAGCCCUCCCAUAUGCAGUUCCAAGGCAUGUACCAUCCUUCCCCACAGCCCCCUACUAUUGCAAGUCCUCAUCAUAUGGGCCCUGCCAUGGGCGGUAACGUGGGAGUUGGUGUGGCUGCUCAGGCUCCCGGAGCACAAGUGGGUGCGUACCAGCAACCUCAGUUGGGGCACUUGAAUUGGACCGGUAAUUUCUGAAUAUAGUAGUAUUUCACUGGAGCCCUUUCGCUUCCAGAAAUUGACAUUAGCUAUAGUUAUUUCCAAUCUUGUGGUUAUUAAAUGUGAAGAAUGCUAUUAUUUCAAAUCAAUGCAGUAAAUUGUGUUGUCA